AAAAUGGAAAAAAGAAGAGGCUCUUGUUCUCUGCAUAUCUGGUUUCUAAUCCAAACCAAAUCAACCUUCCGCCACGGAAUGGGGAGACAUGGCUCUCACUGCCGCUCUUUCUUCUUCUCUUUCUUCCGCCGCCGGAAUAUUCCCUCGCCCCACUAAAACCACACCCUCCAACACUUUCCCCUCCUCCACCACCUUCCACCACCACCGUCACCACCACCACCACUCUUUCUUCUUGCGAGUUGCAAAUGAUGCUGAUAGGAGUGAAGUUUCAUCUGAUACUGGAACCAAGGCACCAUCAUAUUCAGAAGCUGAUAAGAUGGUUGAUGGUAUGGACUUUGGUGAGCUUUGCAAUGAGUUUGAGUGCAUCAGCAGCCCCUUGGUAGAAUCUACUGCAAGACAACUUGCACGAGAUAUACUUGAACAAAGGGAGGGAAAUCGAGCACUUGGAAUCUUUGCUGUUUCUGUCACAUACAAGGAUCCUAUCAGAAGUUUUACUGGUCGUGAGAAGUAUAAACGAGCACUAUGGGCUACUGGUGCACUAGACAACGCAUCUGUGACUGUGCAGGAAAUGGUGAUGCUGUCAACCAGUGUUUUGAGUAUCAAAUGGACAAUAAGAGGGAAGCCAAAAUCUGUUAUUGGAGGAGAAGAUUUAGUACUUAGAAUUACUUCCAAAUUUACUCUUAACCAAAUUAGUGGUCAAGUCAUUGAGCAUGAAGAGUUUUGGGACUUAUCAGCUUCAUCUGCUAGUGCUCAGACAUUUUUCUGGACAUCACGUGCUCUCUUCUCUGCUAUUGAAUCUGUCAAAGACUUGGCAGACAAUGCUAAGAAUUUGAGUAGUAAAAUUUCAACCAAAAAAGAGAACUUGGAGAUGUAUCCAGAUCCUUCAGGAGAUCCAACCAAGUUCUUCCAGAGGGAUGAUAGUUUUCAACGGGAUGCAUACCAGAUUGCACUAUUCCUGGCAGUUAUUUAUUUGGUGGUACAGUUUCUAAGGACAACUUUGUAGAAUCAUCCUUCCUUUAUACCAACUCAACUUGUAUCUUCUACAAUAGUUUAUCAGUAUAAAUUGUGAUUAUCAGCUUAUAUAGUCAUCAGGUUGUUCUGUCAAAAUUACAAGUAAAUAUGUAUGUUCUUAUUUGUGAGUGUGUCUAUAAAAAUCAGACAAUUCUGUUGGAA